AUGGACUUGUCUUCUGCCGCGGUGACGGCUCUUUUGGCGGAGCUAGAUGAAUGCUCCGGCGACGGCAGUGCCCAGCAACGGGGACCUUUUUCGGUGUUCUCCACCUCUAGUCCUGAAUCCGAAGACCCCAACACCUUGGUUACACUCGACUCAAAAAAAUUGUCUUCGCCAGUGAUCGAGAGCAGAGACGAGCCAGCAGCCGAGCAUUCUCUUGCAGGUUCGCUCGAUUCAAACACAUCAACGGCUAGCCCCGAGGAAGCGAAUCAAUUUGUCUCGGUGCCCGGAAAUGAGCUCCCGCGCAUUACUCCCCAGUCGCCGCAACCUUCGAGUCUUGAAACAUCACCAGCACCUUCACCUGUGCCGCCCGAGAACGUCGAACAAGCUUAUCAUGCCACAGCUCUUGUUUCAUAUGGGAAUCGACACACUAAUAUAGAUAUUGGCUCUGACACGAGCAGAUACAAGGCCACUUCCAUGUCAUGUACACUUCCUCCUAUCGCAUCUCUGGGCCCCUCACAGCUUUCAAGACCGGAGACUGAACUGGUCCACCAUUGGGUGGUCUUUCUGAGCGGUAAUAUGAUCCUAAUUGAUACCCCUGAUAAUCCCUGUCGGACAGUGUUCAUGCCAAUGGCUUUGAAAGCCUUCGAAAGUUCUACGACAGAAUCUAAUAUUCAUCUUUCUAUCUUUCACGCCAUUUGUGCAUCAUCGGCCUUCAGCUUAUUCCAUCUUCGACGCGACCCUCGAUACCAGUCCCUCGCAAUGAAUCAUGACCAACUUGCGUUGCGACACCUAAGGGAAAACCUUCAACGAGCAAAACGUCUCGACGAGCCGACACUGGCUGCCAUCCUCACAUGCAUAACCGCCGAAGCAAUGUCCGGACGACGGAGUCGAUGGAGAGCGCAUGUUGCUGGCGGACUUGGUCUUUUGGAAAACGAGAUUCACGACGGCUGGAUACGGAGCCCAACGGCGUCUCGUUUGCUUCAAAGCUACUUGUCUCUUUCAUCGCUUUGCAGCUUGCCUAUGUCCACACAUAUGAUGUCGCUUCUUGAUGGACCACCCGAAUUGCGUCACUAUCUCGAGCGGUCGCAUGGUGUCACACCACUUUUGGUGCAAUGCCUGGCACGGAUUACAGCAAUCAUUGAUUCGAACACCUUGAUCUCCACAGAGGAAUUGGAUCGUUUAGAGUUGCAGCUCUACCUCAAAUUUCCUUCUCCCUCGGGGCCGGAUGGCCCUGGCUCCAUUAUCAUUCAGCAUGCCCUGAACUCAUUUUAUUAUGCCUCCAUCAUAUUCUUUCGACGAACACUACGACAUGCGGCUUUGAGUGAAGUCCAGGACAUGGUUGAGAAGGCUAUACAAGACUUGGAGGCAGUUGAUACUUUAACCCACGAUAGGAACGGGGGUUGUGCCUACAACUGGGCCAGUUUCGUUGUGGCAGCGGAAUGCCAGAGGCCGGAUCUGCAAGCCAGGAUGAUGGCUUACUUUGGUCGCAAAAGUCGUCAUGGCAUCCAGAGUAUCAAUAUUCUGAGUGAAAUCGUGAAGACUCUAUGGCAUCGGCGAGAGCAGGCUGGGCCGUAUAGAGAUAUUCAUUGGCAAGAGAUUGCCAAAGAAGCUGAUUUUGAUAUUAUGAUUGUAUAA